AAACUGGCAACGCUGCCAGACCGGUAAAACGCCACAUCAGUUUUUCGCCUUAAAUUAAAUUAACAAAUAUAAGAAAAGUGCGAGAGAAAAGUGUGUUUUGUGGGAGUUUAUAAUUGAAGGCAUAUUUCGCAUGCGUCAUGUGCACGUAACAAACCCAAGCACAUUUAUACGCACAGCAAUAAUGUUACGUCUUGUGUGUUUUUUCUUGGUGACAUUACUAGCGCCUGCUUUUGUCCCGUUCGUGGCCGCAGAGUCCAGUCAAAGCUUUCCAAUUACCACGCUAAUUAAUGCCAAAUGGACGCAAACGCCCUUGUAUUUAGAAAUUGCAGAGUAUCUGGCAGAUGAGCAGGCCGGUCUGUUCUGGGAUUAUGUGCAGGCGGCGGCGUCAUUGGACACUGCGCUGAACGAUUACGAUACGGAGUCGCAGCAGUAUAAUGCCGCCUUGAAGGUGGUACGCUCACACAUGAGCGGUCCACAGCUGCCGCUGUUGAAGCUGGUCGUCUCCAUGCACAGUCUUACGCCUCGCAUACAAACGCAUUUCCAGCUGGCCGAUGAACUCCGUGCUGCGGGCGCCUGUGAGGACCCUAUCUUUGCCCAGGUUGGCACUGAACUUGCCUGCAGCUAUGCGCAGCUGGAGCAGAAACUGAAGCUGCCCCUUGCUGAGAGCAGUCUGGAUGCGGAAGUUGGAAGCUACAGUUUUGAUCAUAUCUAUCCCGGAAGCGAGAACAAUACGCGUACUGUCGUUCUCUAUGGCGAUUUGGGCAGUGCCGCAUUUCGGCCAUAUCACAAGUUGCUGGAGAAGGCUGCGAACGCUGGCAAAGUUCGUUACUUACUACGCCAUCAGCUGGCACGUCGGAGUGACAGACCCGUGCGUUUGUCCGGCUACGGCGUGGAGUUGCAUUUAAAGUCGACCGAGUAUAAGAGUCAGGAUGACGCUCCCAAGCCUGAAGCUGGAGCUGGAAGCGCCGCAGCAGCCGAAGAACUAGCCAACGAGACGGAUGUCCAAGGAUUCGAUUUCAAAGUACUCAAGGCCAAGCAUCCAACACUUAAGAGCGCAUUGGACCAACUGCGUCAGCGUCUGCUGCAGGGCAACGAUGAGAUUGCCCAGCUGAAGGCCUGGGAAUUCCAAGAUUUGGGUCUGCAGGCUGCUGCUGCUGUUGCCGAAAUUCAGGGCGAUGAGGCGCUCCAGAUCCUUCAAUACACUGCGCACAAUUUCCCAAUGCUGGCACGCACUCUGCUCGCCCACAAAGUGACCGAUGAGAUGCGGGCCGAGAUCAAGCACAAUACGGAGUCACUGGGUCGCAGUUUGAAUGUGGCGCCUCCAGACGGUGCACUGUUUAUCAAUGGCCUGUUCUUUGAUGCGGACACCAUGGACUUGUACUCGCUGGUGGAAACACUGCGCUCCGAAAUGCGUGUCCUGGAGAGUCUACAUGGCAACAAUGUACAUGGGAACUUGGCCAGCGCUCUGUUGGCCUUGGACUUGAACAGCGCCAGCAAGCGUGAGUUUGCCAUUGACAUCAGAGAUACAUCGGUGCAGUGGAUUAACGAUAUUGAGCAGGAUGCUCAGUACAGGCGUUGGCCACCAUCGGUCAUGGACUUGCUGCGUCCCACAUUUCCCGGCAUGUUGCGCAACAUUCGCAAGAAUGUGUUUAAUCUGGUGCUAGUGGUGGAUCCACUGCAGCCUGAAGCCCGUAGCGUCAUUAAGUUGGCUGAAUCCUUUGUCAUUCACCAGGCACCCAUACGAUUGGGUUUGGUCUUCGAUGCCAAGGCCGACGGAGAUGAGACUUCCUCGGAUUAUGUGGCCAUGGCGUGUGCCUUCAAUUAUGUGAGCCAGCAGAAGGAUGCACGAGCUGCGCUCAGUUUCCUCACGGACAUUUAUGCCACUGUUGGCGAAACAGCUCCCGUUACCAAGGCGCACAUAAUAAAGCAGCUAACAAAGGAGUUCAGCUCGGUGAGCAGCAGCAAAGCUAAGGAAAUUUUGUCGGAAGAAUCCGAUUACGAUUAUGGACGUCAGCUGGCGGCAGAGUUUGUGCAACGCUUGGGCUUUGGCGCAGUGCGUCAUCCUCAAGCGCUGCUCAAUGGCGCCCCCAUGCCAAGCAACAUCAUCAGUGCGGACAGCGACUUUGAGGAGGCCAUUUUCACCGAGAUCAUGAGCCAGACAACGACGCUACAAAAGGCUGUCUACCGCGGCGAACUGACCGACAACGAUGAGAUGAUUAAUUACCUGAUGAAUCAGCCGCACGUGAUGCCGCGUCUCAAUCAGCGUAUUCUCAGCCAGGAGGAUGCCAAGUACCUGGAUAUCAACGGUGUGCCUGCCAAGCAACUUGGCAACGCUGCGGCGCUCAAUAAGCUCUCCAACCGCGACAUGACAGCCACAUUGAUGGCAAACCUUAAAUACUUUGGCGGCAAGAAGAGCACUGAGCGCAUCGGAAGCGCUGAUCUGCAAUUCUUAACGAUCUGGGUCUUUGCUGACCUGGAGACUCCGGACGGAAGAGAACUGAUGACACACGCUCUGGACUAUGUGCAGAGCAGCCAAAGUGUCCGUUUGGCAUUUAUACCCAACACGGAGGGAUCCAGCAAUAAACGCAAUCUGAACCGCUUGGCCUGGGCGGCAAUGCAGACGUUGGAGCCGGCAAAGGCAACGGAUCAGGUGCUGAAGUGGCUGCGACAGAAGACGCAGCGCAUUGAGGAUAUACCAAAGCAGUUGGAGGACAUAUUGGGCAGCACGGAGUUGCAUCUGAAGAUGCUGCGUGUCUAUUCACAACGUGUGCUUGGCUUGUCCAAGUCCCAGCGUCUGGUCAUUGGCAAUGGACGACUCUACGGACCACUCAGCUCCUCCGAGAGCUUCGACAGCGCUGACUUUGCUCUGCUGGCGCGUUACAGCGACUUGCAGUAUGGCGACAAGGUGCGCGAAGUGCUCAAGGAAUCCUCCAAUGAGGUCAACUCCGAUUUCAACAGCGAUACAUUGCUUAAGCUCUAUGCGAGCCUGUUGCCCCGGCAAAGCAAGACGCGAUUCAAGUUGCCCACGGAUCUGAAGACCACACACUCCGUGGUGCAGCUGCCGGCGAAGGAGCAAAACCUGCCUCACUUUGACAUUGCUGCUGUGCUCGAUCCCGCAUCGAGAGCAGCACAAAAGCUAACUCCGAUCUUAAUAUUGCUGCGGCAAACUCUCAACUGCCAGUUGCAGCUCUUCCUGACGCCCGUGGCCCAGCACAGUGAUAUGCCCGUGAAGAACUUCUAUCGCUAUGUGGUCGAGCCGGAGGUGCAGUUCGAGACGAGCGGCACACGGGCCGAGGGACCGCUGGCCAAAUUCAGUGGACUACCCGCCAAUCCGCUGCUCACUCAGCAGCUUCAGGUGCCCGAAAAUUGGCUCGUGGAGGCGGUACAUGCUGUCUACGAUCUGGAUAACAUCAAGCUAAGUGACAUUGGCGGACCUGUGCACAGUGAAUUUGGUCUGGAAUACCUACUUCUGGAGGGACAUUGCUUUGAUGCGGCUAGUGGAGCCCCUCCCAGAGGAUUACAGCUUGUGUUGGGCACCAAAGCACAGCCCACUCUGGUGGACACCAUUGUGAUGGCCAAUUUGGGCUAUUUCCAGCUGAAGGCAAAUCCUGGAGCUUGGACAUUGCGUCUACGCGAUGGCAAAUCCACAGACAUUUAUGCCAUCAGCCAUGCCGAGGGUCCCAAUACACUGCAUCAGUUGCAGACGGGUGCCGUUCAGGUCUUGAUUACCUCACUGCGCUCGCAUGUCACCAAAUUGAGGGUAUCCAAGAAGCCGGGCAUGCAGCACGCCGAGCUGCUUUCCGAUGACACGGCGCCAGCGCAGUCGGGGAUUUGGAAUAGCAUUGCGAAUAGCUUUGGUGGCAGUACUGGCGGCGCAGGAACCGAUGAGGAUGCGGAAACCAUCAACAUAUUCUCUGUCGCCUCGGGACAUUUGUAUGAGCGUCUGCUGCGCAUUAUGAUGGUAUCGCUGCUGAAGCACACCAAGUCACCGGUGAAGUUCUGGUUCCUCAAAAACUAUUUGUCGCCACAGUUUACGGACUUUUUGCCGCACAUGGCCAAGGAGUACAACUUCCAAUAUGAGCUCGUGCAGUACAAAUGGCCGCGUUGGCUGCAUCAGCAAACGGAGAAACAGCGCACCAUUUGGGGCUAUAAGAUUCUCUUUUUGGACGUGCUGUUUCCGCUCAAUGUACGCAAGAUAAUAUUCGUGGAUGCGGAUGCGAUUGUGCGCACAGAUAUUAAGGAGCUCUAUGACUUGGAUUUGGGCGGAGCACCCUAUGCGUAUACUCCGUUCUGUGAUUCCCGCAAGGAAAUGGAAGGAUUCCGCUUCUGGAAGCAGGGCUAUUGGCGCAGCCAUCUCAUGGGCAGACGGUAUCACAUUUCCGCUUUGUAUGUGGUGGACUUAAAGCGUUUCCGCAAAAUUGCGGCUGGAGAUCGGCUGCGUGGGCAGUAUCAGGCGCUCAGUCAGGAUCCAAAUAGUUUAUCAAAUUUGGAUCAGGAUUUACCAAAUAAUAUGAUACAUCAGGUGGCCAUUAAAUCGCUGCCGGAUGAGUGGCUGUGGUGUCAGACAUGGUGCAGCGAUACCUCAUUCAAGAGUGCCAAGGUCAUUGAUCUGUGCAACAAUCCGCAGACCAAGGAGGCCAAAUUGACGGCCGCGCAACGUAUUGUUCCAGAGUGGAAGGACUACGAUGCGGAGCUUAAGGCGCUGUUAGCUCGCAUCGAGGAUCAUGAGAAUCACAACAGCAGUGCCAACAGGGAUAAUGCUGAUGAUGAUGACGACCAUGUAGUCAUCACAACAGAACCGCCGGCACCUGAGCAUGUGCACGGUGAACUGUGAUCGCUGUCAUCUUCAUCUGUUUAGUAAACUUAAGCCUAAUGUCCUUUACACUUGGUAGAUACCAAAUUAGCUAAGCUCAAUACCACUCUAGCAAGCGAUAACACUUAAUACCAACAAUUAAUUAGACAUUUUAAUUAGCAACUAAUUAAAGGGGCAAGAAGCUCCAAGUCUGAAUUAAUUUUGCAUUCCAAGAGCCUCUCGCCAAGAUUCGAACUAAGCUGAAAUUAAUACAAUAAAUGCAAAAAAAAAACUGAAUGCAAAUCA